AUGCGCACCUCGCUCAUCACCGCUGUCCUCGCCGUCGCCGCCGCUGCCACUCCCGUCCUUGGCGCACCUCAGCCCGCCCCGCAGGAGCAGCACGUCGAGGAGAAGCGCCAGAUCCUUUCGUUCCUCACUUCGCUCGGCGGCGACAUCACCAGUGCCGGAGGACAAGUUGCGACCGGAGCGACCUCCGUCUUCGGAGACGUUACGAGCGGAGCGGUCGGAUUGGGUCAGACUAUCACGAGCGUCUUCCCGAGCGUUUACACCGUCGUCACGAGCCGCGGAGGCAGCGUGUUCUCCGAGGUGACCAGCGGCGCAGUGACGGGCUACGAGUAUGUGACGUCCGGCGCCGGCGGCGCCCUCUCGACCGUCACCUCCUUCGGCGGCGGCGCCUUCCAGACGGCAACCAGUGGCGCAGCAGGCGCCUUCUCGACUGCGACGAACGGCGCGGCGGGUGCGUUCUCGACGGCGACGGGCGCGGUAGGAGGCGCUGCCUCGUCCGCGACGAGCGGUGCGGCUGGUGCUGCGACGGGCAACUCGAAUCCCGCGUCGAAGGUCUCGCCGUUCCACCCUGCCGCAUGGGCUUUCGCCGCACUCGCCAGCGUCGCAGGUGGAGCGUACGUCUUUGCCUAA